AUGACAAGGAACCCGCAUCUCUUCUCACACCUUGAGAUGAAAAAUGAAGGUAAGGUAACCUUUGGUCACAAUGAUAAAGGUGUAGCAAGAGAGUUAGGUUAUAUUACAGUAGCUGGGUUUCGUAUGAGGAAUGAUAGUGGUGUUGGUUUUAGGAGUUUAAACUCAAAUAAUGACAUAAUGGAAUGGGUUAAGGGUUUAGACAUAAACCAAGACAAAAACAGUUACCCUGCCCCAAACAUUGACAGCAGCCGAAAGAGUGACCCUUCCCUAAACAUUGACCCUAGCCCAGAUAAUGACCCUACUCCAAACAUUGACCCUAGCCCAGACAAUGUUCCAAACAAUGACCCUAGUCUAGACAUUGACCCUGGCCCAUACCUAGGCUUUGCUAGAAGCCUAGACUGUAAGAAAAAUGCACCAAAUACAUACACUGACCUAGAAUGUGAGCCAAAUACCUUCCCAAACCCUAAAUGCAAUGAAUGGCAUAACUGUGAGACAAUAAAUGAGGACAUACAGUAG